CACAACCCCCCCGUUCCCCCCCAGGCCUUCCAUGGUGAUGCUGUGCCCGUCUUUGACCUGCUGCUCCUGGGCGUGGGGCCGGACGGCCACACCUGCUCCCUGUUCCCCAACCACCCCCUGCUGCAGGAGAAAGAGAAAAUCGUGGCUGCUAUCACCGAUUCCCCAAAGCCUCCGCCGGAGCGCAUCACGUUGACGCUCCCAGUGCUGAAUGCUGCACGCACGGUGGUGUUCAUUGCCACGGGGGAGGGCAAAGCUGCCGUCCUAAAGCGUAUCUUGGAAGGCAAUGAGGAAAACCCCCUCCCCGCCGCCCGUGUCCAGCCACACACGGGGCAGCUGCUGUGGUUCCUGGAUGAGGCAGCAGCCAAAGAGCUGACGGUGCCCUUUGAGAAGCAUUCCAUCCUGUAGGACCAAACCCUCGGCCGAUUUACUGGGGAUCGGUCACCACAGCGCCCGCCCGGAGCCUC